UGCGCGAUGAGGCAAAACGUAAGCGUUGCCAUGGUUGCAAUGGUGAAUGAGUCCUACGUCAUACACGACGAUCAAAUCGGGAACGAGAGUCAGCAAAGCAUAGAGACCUGCGCAGCUUCUCCGACAGCAAACUCCAGUGCUGAACAAACGAGAUCCGGUGAUUUCCUUUGGGAUGCUCAGACUCAAGAGCUGAUCCUCGCGGGCUUCUUUUACGGGUACAUCUUCACCCAAAUCCCAGGCGGCUGGCUGUCCGACAAGUUUGGUAUGAAAUGGAUCCUUGCUUCUGGAUUUCUGUUAUCGAGUGUUUGUACUCUCCUAGGACCUGUGGCAGCUUAUGCUGGAACGGAGUGGUAUUUCGUCACACGAUUCUUCAGUGGUCUCGGUGAGGGUGUCUCUUUCCCUAGUAUGCUUGCCAUGUGGUCUAAAUGGGCACACCCGGAAGAGAGAAGCAGUCUGGGUGUCAUCGGUGUCGUAGGUUUCAACUUUGGAAAUGUUUUGGGUAAUGCAUUAACAGGAUAUCUCAUCAACCUCAACGUGAUAGGUGGAUGGCCUCUUCCAUUCUAUAUAUUCGGUUCAAUGGGAUGUCUUUGGUUCUUGUUAUGGAUCUUCGCUGCCUACAGUUCACCACGAGAACAUCCCUGGAUAUCCCCAGAAGAGCGUGCAUAUCUCGAAGAUGGUCUUAGACAUUCUAACACACUAAGACCAUCCGUGCCUUGGAAACACAUCAUCAGGUCUCCUGCUAUGUGGUGCCAAGUGUUCACCCAUUUCCCGCACACACUUGGGUUAUUUACCCUCCUCGUCAACCUACCACUGUACUUCAGUGAAGGACUCCAGGUUUCCCUAGAAAUGGCAGGUGUAUAUUCGGCUCUCCCUUAUGUCCUCCAAUCUUUCACCAUGCUGGUCAUCAGUUUUAUAUCCGAUGGCCUCGUCUCUCGGCAGAUAUUGUCUAAAAAGGCAUCGAGGAAACUUAUGUCAUUUAUAGGUUUCGGAUCGGGUGCCCUCUUUCUUAUCCUUGCUGGUUUUUCGCGGUGCAACACUGCCUUGUCUGUGACGUUUGUGACCCUUGCCAUGGGCGGGGUUGGUGUCUCUUUCUCUGGUCAUUUCGUGGCCUUACUCGACAUCGCCGGACCCUUUGCUGGUUUUGCCAUGGGGAUGAUGAACACGGCCGGUACACUGGGGGGCAUCGUUGGACCAUACAUUGUCGGCGUUCUUACAGAAAUACAGACCGAUAUUACAGGAUGGCAGAAGGUGAUGUGGACCAUCGCCGGUAUCUAUUGCUUCGGCGGCUUGACUUUUGUCAUCUUCGGCACAGUGGAACUUCAAUAUUGGGCCAUACAGGACUACCAACCAUAUACAGUGAUUGAUGAAUCGGCAAGCUUGAUAAAAAAUGAAAACGUCGACGAGUCUGUGUCUUCAACUCAGGACCCACUUGUUGGAGAAAAAUGUCUAUAAAGCUGCAUAUUUGAAAAGGGGAGA